UAAUUUAAGUGACAGAGAUAGGAUACAAAGAAUGGAUUUAUAAUAACUACUACUCCUCAGAAAAGCGUAUCUGGGUGAAACUUGCUGGUUAUUUUGUUAUGUCACUUUGACUCUUUGUUCAAGCAAAGAGUUUAGGUUUUUGUCUGUUUUGUUAGGUUAAAGUGACCCCAGUUGUGUCUCCCUUGUGAUUGGUCAACAUGUAGAACACUUUUUACAGAUUUACUUAAUUUAAUAUCCAGGGUUGGGAAGGCCUGAAGUUUACAAGACAAUCCUCCAAAUUUUCUUGAAAAGUUGCUCAAUUGUGGUCAGAUUCCCAGUCUGUGCUGCUGAACAAAAUGAAAAUAGCUGUGAUUGGUCAGAGUUUAUUUGGAGCAGAAGUGUAUAAAUUAUUACAGAGAAAUGGACAUGAAAUAGUGGGUGUGUUUACAGUUCCUGAUGUAAAUGGCAAGGCAGAUCCUUUAGCGACUGCUGCUGAGAAAGAUGGAAUAAAAGUAUUCAAAUAUAAAAGAUGGCAGUUAAAGAAAGUAGCUUUACCAGAAGUUGUUGAAGAAUAUAAAUCUGUUGGUGCUGAAUUAAAUGUCUUACCAUUUUGUUCUCAAUUUAUACCAAUGGAAGUGAUCAACCAUCCUAGUAAUCAGUCUAUAAUAUAUCAUCCUUCAUUAUUACCACUUCACAGAGGAGCGUCUGCUAUCAACUGGACUUUAAUGAAGGGAGAUAAGCGAGCUGGAUUCAGUGUAUUUUGGGCUGAUGAUGGAUUAGAUACAGGUCCAAUCUUAUUACAGAAACAAACCUACGUAGAUCCUAAUGAUACUAUUGAAAGUAUAUAUAAUAGAUUUCUUUUUCCUGAAGGUGUUAAAGCCAUGGGAGAAGCUGUACAGUUAAUAGCUGAUGGUAAAGCACCUAGAAUUGUACAGUCUGAAGACAAUGCAACUUAUGAUGCUUUAAUAAAGAAAGAUAAAGUUCAGAUCAAAAUGGACCAAACGGCAGAAGAUAUUCAUAAUUUUAUACGUGGUAAUGAUAAAGUACCUGGUUCUUGGACUGUUAUUAAUGGAGAGAAAAUAUCAUUAUUUGGUUCUAAAUUAUGGACCAGGAUGAAACCUAGAGGUACUGAAAUAGAUAUAGAAGGUGCACCACAGAAAGCUAUUGUUCACAAGAAAGGUCUAGUCUUAUUUGGUAAUGAUGGAAAAAUGGUUAAUGUCAGUCAGCUACAAUUUGAAAAUGGUAAAAUGAUUCCAGCCUCUAAAUUUGGUAAAGAUGAUCCUUCCACACAGAAACUGGAACUAACAGCUGAAGAAGAGCAAUUGAUCAAAAAUCUUCAGUCAAUAUGGAAUGGUAUUAUAAAUGUUAAUCCUGAUGCUACUACAGAUUUUUUUAAAUGUGGUGCUGGUUCCAUGGAUGUUAUCAGAUUAAUAGAAGAAGUAAAAGAGAAAUGUAAUGAUAUAAGAUUAGCUGCUGAAGAUGUUUAUAUGAAUACAGUAUUUGAAGAUUUCUCUAAUUGUGUUAUUAGAAGAGGUAGAGGUAUAGAAGAUAAAGAGGAACUAGUCUUUGAACCAGUCAAAUUAAGAGCUAAUAACAUGGAUAUUAGUUUUCCUAAUCAAGCUUUUAUUGAAAAUGAAUUUGUUGAUGCAUCAAAUGGACAAACCUAUGAUACUAUUAAUCCUACAGAUGAAUCAGUUAUAUGUAAAGUAGCUAAAGCUACUAAAGUAGAUAUUAACAGAGCAGUUGAGUCAGCUAAGGAAGCUUUUGAAGAGGGACCAUGGGGUACUAUGAAUGCUAGAGAUAGAGGAGCUCUCAUGUACAGACUAGCUGAUUUAAUGGAGGAACAUCAAGAAGAACUAGCUACUAUAGAAACACUAGAUUCUGGUGCUGUUUAUACAUUAGCUUUAAAAACACAUGUUGGUAUGUCUAUACAGACGUUUAGAUACUUUGCUGGCUGGUGUGACAAAAUACAGGGUUUAACUAUACCAGUGAACCAUGCUAGACCCAAUAAAAAUUUAACCUACACAAAACGAGAACCUAUUGGUGUUUGUGGUAUUGUUGUUCCCUGGAACUAUCCUCUCAUGAUGUUAGCAUGGAAAAUGGCUGCAUGUCUUGCAGCUGGCAAUGUAGUUGUCUUAAAACCAGCUCAGGUCACACCAUUAACAGCCUUAAAGUUUGCUGAAUUAUCAGUUAAAGCUGGAUUCCCACCAGGUGUUAUUAAUAUAUUACCAGGUUCAGGUUCUGUGAUAGGACAAGCUCUAUCUGAUCAUCCUGAUGUAAGGAAAUUAGGUUUUACUGGUUCUACACCUAUUGGUAAAACUAUCAUGGAGAGUUGUGCUAGAAGUAAUUUAAAGAAAGUCUCUCUAGAAUUAGGAGGUAAAUCACCUCUAGUUAUAUUUAGUGAUUGUGAUUUAGAAAAAGCUGUUCGAAUGGGAUGUAGUUCUGUGUUUUUCAAUAAAGGAGAGAACUGUAUAGCUGCUGGUAGAUUGUUUGUAGAAGAAUCUAUACAUGAUGAAUUCUUAGCAAGAGUGUUAGAAGAAAUAAAGAAGAUGAAAAUUGGGGACCCAUUAGAUAGAUCAACAGAUCAUGGUCCACAGAAUCAUAGGGCACAUUUUGAAAAAUUAUUAGAAUACUGUGAUAUUGGUGUGAAAGAAGGUGCUACUCUAGUCACUGGUGGUAAACCAGCAGACAGACCAGGGUUAUUUUUAGAACCAACUGUAUUUACUGAUGUAGAAGAUCACAUGAUGAUUGCUAUUGAAGAAUCUUUUGGUCCUAUUAUGAUAAUAUCUAAAUUUAUUGAUGGAGAUAUAGAAGGAAUGUUAAAAAGAGCUAAUAAUACAGAAUUUGGGUUGGCCUCUGGUGUUUUUACUAAAGAUAUUAAUAAAGCUAUGCAUGUAGCUGAUAGUCUACAAGCUGGUACUGUAUUUGUAAAUACAUACAAUAAAACAGACGUUGCUGCACCAUUUGGUGGAUUUAAACAAUCUGGGUUCGGGAAAGAUUUGGGUCAAGAAGCAUUAAAUGAAUAUCUGAAAACUAAAGCAGUAACAUUAGAAUAUAACAGUUAAUAUAUUAUAGAAUUAUGUAUUGAAAAGGAAACCAAAAAAGGGACCAAUGUGCAGCUGACAUAAAUUGCAUUGUAUAUUAUUGGUUUAUCAAAGCUUCAAAUUUUCUGUAACUUAUAAAAUAUGUCUCAUAAUUAAUUUUGACUAGUCUUUGAAAAUGCUUUUGUUAGAGUACCUUUACUUUUAACCUAGUGUUGAUUGAAAUUAACUGAUCUCAAUAUUCCAUUGGAUGUAAAAAGUUUAGUCCAGUAAUUGACAAUAAUAAGCUUUAUUGGAGCAAGUAGUUUCAAUAUUAUAACAAUAUACUAACACUGGUUACUUAGGGUUUUAUUCAAUCUAGGAAUCAGCUGAUCUUGAAAUUCUAACAAGUUCUUUCUUAACUGACUAUCGUUAUGCUAAUACAAAACAAAAACCCAUUCAAAUAGCCUUAUUUUGUACAUACCUUAUAUAAUUCAUAUGAUCUAUGCAUUUUACUAUAUUUCUUGAUUAUACAAUAUUGUAUCAAAUUUUCAUAGAUGAAUGCAUAAAUUAAGGGUUUGGAAUGAGACUUGUGUUGUAGGCUAUUUAAAGCUCCUGCUUGUAAGUUCAAAUGAAAUAUAUAAAAUAUUCAUGUUAGAAAUAUAUACAGUAGGAAAAUCUAUUUAUUUAUUUAAUUUAAAUUGUAAGCCAAUUUCAGUGUUGUGCUUAGGCUGACUUAUUUAAUCUCAAAUUGAUGCACUGUAAUAGUACAAAAUUGAAAUGAAAUGAAUGGAGUUUUAUAUCCUACUUUUCUGCACCAUAUGGGCUAAUCAAGACGGGCAAUGCCAUGCGGGGUGCAAUAAGGGAAAUUUUGUCAGGACAGCUGCAUUAGCCUGCUCUUUUCGCUUUCCAACUGACGAGCGAUCUUAAACGGUAGGCUACAAGAGAUGGCAUUAAACAUUAUGUACUGUAAUACAAUCAGUCAGUUGAAUGUCAAAACUUCAUAUGUUUGUUAAAGAAAUACUACCUCUUAGAAUGAAUUUAGAGUAUUAUGUAACAAACUUGGUCAGUAAGGGUAAAUAUUCAUCAGUGGACUUCAUCUGGUGUCAUAACUAUACGACAGAGUCCCUCUCUAAUUUGAUAAUUACCUAAGCCAGGUGGUAUUUCAUUAAUGCGUUUUUUGUUGUGAUUGUUUCUAUCAACAAUAUUUUUUUAUUUAGACUUUUAUUCAAAAAAACUUGUUAUUUGUGUAUUGUAUGUUAAAGAGAAGUGUUAUGUUAAAGAAAUGUUUUAGUCCAUGUUAGUGGGAUUCUUCUGGUGCUUGUCUUAUUUAUCUUUUUAUAUAUUCUUAAAGGGAUGUAGCUUUAUUAUCAGAUAGUCAAUUGUCUCUUCAACUUUGCAAAACUUACAUAUUUUACCAUUUUUCACUGUAGCAGGUAAACCUUGCUUGUGUGACUAAGGUAAUACAUAUUCAUUAUGUCUUGUAACCUGCCAAUCAACAAUCUUGCACAUUGCCAUUUUGUUUUGU